CAGCCGAUGCGGUACUCCCUGCCCGCCUCCUUAAGAAGGGGCGGGACGAAGAAUCCACGCCCCUUACUCCUCCCUUGUUCCCCGCCUUACUCGUUGAGUCCAACCCAGAGGGAGUCCCAAGUCUUUCCAUUGGUGAAAGGUCAAAAUGGCGAUGCUUCUGAUUGGUCAGACUUCAGGAGGUGGGGACAACUGAGCGGAACAAUAAAUUGAAUGGUGAAAAGAAAGGUCAGUCAGACACCGAGUCUCGCCUUCUGAGAUUGGCGGGUAACCUAGCAACGCAGGGACCGCGGCGGUAACUGUGGCUAGGGAAACCUGGAGCGGUCAGAGCAGGUAGAACGUCAAGGCUUAGAGAGGUUAAUCGACUUACCCAAAGCCACACAGCGAGGAAGUGGUGAGACACUGGAAUUGCAUUCCAAAUGUGUUUUUCGUUUCCACUUCAGUAAUGAGGAAAUGAAAGCCCAGAAGAUCAAGUGGACUUGCCCAAGGCUAUAUAGCUUGUGAGUCUCAUUCUGUUGCCCAGGCCGGAGUACAGUGAUGAAAACUUGGCUUACUGCAACCUCCGCCUCCUAGGUUCAAGAGAUUCUCAUGCCUCAGCCUCCUGAGUAACUGGGGUUAACCUGAGUAACAGGAUGGCCAGAGACAAUAAAAGCACGAGACCCAAGUAGUCUACCGAAGUCUCCAUCUCUGCGGACCUACAGAGGCACAGAGGGCUGCUCACAAGAUGACUUUAGACAUUCUCGCCAUGGCCCCUUUGUAUCAGGCCCCUGCCAUCAACAGAAUAGGGCCAAAGACAGACCCAUCUAAAAGGCCAGCUGAUCCACUAAAACCCUUGGUUCUCUCUAGGACCAAACUCACCACCAUUGAGGCCAAAAGGAUCAUGUCCAUCCUGGAUGAGGCGAUCUACAAGGUGGAGCUGGUGACCUUGCUGUCGUAUGUGGCAUCCAACAGAGAGGAUAUGGAGGGGAUGCUGGGGGAGGACGUCAUGAGGGCAGUGAGAGAGCAUCAGGAUCUCUGCCAGGUCCUCCUUGAAAACGUCAGGUGCCUGAAAGAGAAAGAAAGGCAAUUGCAGGAGCAGAAAGAGGCUGAGGAGGAAGGGUGGCUCAGAGACCGCCUCCUUUCCAUAGAGCUGCAGAAAUCCAGCCUCUCACCACUUACGCAGCAGAUCAAAGACUCCACCAAGAACGUCCUGAGACUCUUGCUCAGCAACCCCCAGGCUGCUAGGCUCCUGCAGAUGCAGACACAGGGUAGAAGUACGGAAGCCCAGAAUUUUAUUGACAGCCUGAUAGAGCUCCGUGGUUUCCUGUUUGAAAAACUACUCACUAGUCCCAUGGAAGCGAGGGAUAAGGCCCAGUUCUUACAGGAUAUCAGUAGACAGAAUAGUAAUAACCAACAAAUCAUUGAUACUCUUGAAAAGGAAUUGGCGGAGAGAAUGAAGAACAGGAAUGCAGAGGUGGAAAAGGAGAACUUUGUGAUCCAAGAACUGAAAAACCACCUGCACCAGGUGCUCAAGUUCUCAGAGAACAGCCUCGUUCGCACUAAGCAGGAGGCUGAGAAGCAGCAGAAGGCCGAUUUCCGGGCAUCACAGGCCAGGGUGGCCAAGAUCCAGCAGGAGAUCCUGCAGCUGCAGUCACAGUUUUACAACCUGGUCAUGGAGAACCGGGAGGCAGAGCAGGCGCUGAGGAAGAAGAAAUAUAAAGUGGAAACGGAAAUCGAGAACUGGAUCCAGAAAUAUGAUACAGAGAUGGGUGAGAAGCAGGAGGAGUUGGAGGAUCUGGACGCUGUUCACAGGGAGGAGAAGAUCUCGCUGGAGGAGCUCAGGCGGAGGCACAAAGUGCUGGUGGGAGAGUUUGCACAGAUCCGGGAAGAGCGGGAGAUCAACUCCAAGAAAAGGAUGGAGGCGGAGCAGGAGAUGGUGCGCAUGGUACGGGCGGCCACGCUCAUCCAGGCCCUAUGGAAGGGCUAUCUGGUGCGCUCCCUGCUCAGAUCCAAGAAGAAGCGGGGCAAGGGCAAAGCAAAGGACAAGGAGAAGGGCAAGCAGAAAGGCAAGGAGAAGGGCAAGGGCAAGAAAUGAGCUCUCCACCCAGCCCGCUCCUGACCCUUAUCUUCCCAGAGACCGGGCCAGGAAGGCCCGGGAUGGAGAGCACUAAAUUCAUGGCUUUCAUGUUUUUAUUUAAUAAAUUAAAAAGUAUUUGAAGCCACAUUGAA